AACUUUAUUAACUGGGUGUUGAGAACAAAGGAUUUAGGAGGUAAGCAAAGUGUAGAGACGGCGCUCUCUCUCCCUUCACCAUGAACAUUAAUAAGCUACUACUGUCGUUUCUAAUCGCUCUUAUUUGUGCUCUUCGUUUACGCCCUCCAUUGCGUGGCCACCUAAUUUGCCUGUGGCGGGUCACUCUCUCGAAUACCGAGCACUCACCAUGAAGCUCACGGCCCAGAGCUGGGUCAGAGGCGCUGUCGCAUUAUGGGCGUCGGCCGCGCAAGCCCUCGACGCAGAGGGCUGGAAGCGUCAGUCCAUCUACCAGGUCAUGACGGACCGUUUCGCGCUUGCGGCUGUAAACGACGAGCCCUAUCUGCCACGCAGUUGCAACGUCUCGGCACAGACCUACUGCGGCGGCACGUGGAAGGGCAUCAAGAGCCAGCUUGACUACAUCCAGGGCAUGGGCUUCACGGCCAUUUGGAUCUCGCCAAUCGUCGCCCAGGUUGAGGCUCCUGUUGCAGACGGUGGCAUUGCCGUGGAGGCUUACCAUGGCUACUGGACCCGGGACAUCUACGCGCUGAACAGACGUUUCGGCACCAAGCAGGACCUGGAAGACCUCAUUAAGGCCGUACACGCGCGAGGAAUGUACUUUAUGCUGGAUGUCGUCCCGAACCACAUGGGACCGCAGCCGGGCCAAGUAGAGAUAAUGCUGCCUGCGUUUUCUAACUCCACCAGGAACUCUACAAAGACCGCCACGGGAGGGGCUAUGUACGCCCUGCAUAAGUCGCUCAACUACUCCAUCUACUCGCCGUUUGAUUCGUCACGCUUCUUCCACCCAUACUGCCGAAUUGACUACACGGACACGACAAGCAAACAAUUGUGCUGGGAGGGCUGGAGCAAGGAGACCGGCGCGGCCUUCACGUUGCCCGACCUCCGCACUGAGGACGACGACGUCCUGCGCAUUUUCGUCAGCUGGAUCCGCAACCUGGUGGCCGAGUACUCCAUCGAUGGCCUCCGCAUCGACGCCGCCCGCCACGUCCAGCCCUCCUUCCUUACCGCUUUGCAGGCCGCCGCCGGCGUCUUCAGCAUCGGCGAGUUCUCCGAAGGCGACGUGGCGCCGUACGUCGGCUUCCUGGACGCCAUUGGCGGCGCCUUUAAUUUCCCGCAGUACUACGCGCGUAUUGACAUGUUCCAGUCCGCCUUCACGGCCAACUCGACCACGGCCACGCCUGCCAACUUCGCCAGCCAGAUGGCCGCCCUGCAGGCCGCGCUGCCGAACCGCACCGCCACGCUGGGCAGCUUCUACGACUCGCACGACGCGAAGCGCUUCGCCAGCGUGUCGGGAGACAUGGCCAAGGGCAAGAACGCCAUGGUGCUCGCCAUGCUGGUUGACGGCAUCCCGGUCGUCUACCAGGGCGCUGAGCAGCGGUUCUCAGCCGGCCAAAACCCGUACUAUCGAGCCCCGUUGUUCAAUUCGCCCCUACAUGCGCAGUACCGCACCGACUCCGACAUGUACAAGUUCAUCAGGCAGCUAAAUCGUUUCAGGUCUUGGGUAGUGGCGCACAAGCAGAACAGCACGCGUUCAAGCUUCAUCCAAGACCAGGCGCACGUCAUCUUCAACAACAGCCACAACCUCGCUUUCGCCAAGGGGGAAGUCAUCGCAGUCACCACGAACCUGGGCCUGGCUAGCAAUCCAUACAACUUGACUCUCCCAGCUCCCAGCCUGUCAAACUCGAUACCGAGCUCGGGCAGCAUUGGGUUCCCCCCAAUGACGGACUACAUCGAUAUCGUCAGUUGCACCCAAUUCAAGACUAACAAAGAUGGCAAGCUGUCGUUCCAGCUCAUCCGGGGCUACCCCAGGGUAUUCUACCCAGCCGCCAAGCUUACGCACAGCGGCCUCUGCGGCACCGUCCUCGACGAGAAGACUGAGGCCGACACCCACGGCAAGGACACCUGCGUUGUCACCUUCGAGAUGGAUGUGGCGACCAGCUUUGGCGAAGUCGUCUACCUGCUGGGUGACGCGCCGCAGCUGGGCUCUGGGGACGUGCUGCAGGCGCUAGCGCUCGACAGCUCGCUCUACACAACAGGGCGCCCGCUGUGGACCGUCGCGGCCGAGCUGCCCCUCGGCUCCACGAUCGCAUACGGCCUGCUGAAGGUCAGCGCGAACUCGGGCGAGGAGCUGUCCCGCUGGAUGCCGGGGAAUAACACGGUCGUGGUCGACGCAGGUGCUUGCGGGAAGGCAGGAGGUAGGUUGGUGGCGAGGAGAAGCUGGAGAACAAACAGGACCAUAAUCACUAGUGGUGUAGGCAUAUAACAGAUUAAUUAUAUAGUAGAGUAAUAGGUAACUAGAUAUAAAGGGAGUAAUAAGGGAGAAAUUUAACUCUUCCUAGAUAACUUUUAAGUCUAUAUUAUAAUAG